AUGUCCUCCACACCCAGUCUCUCCUCCAAAGUCAUCCUGAUUACCGGCGCAAACAGCGGCAUAGGAAAAGCCACCGCCCUCUCCCUCGCCACCCUAAACCCAGCCCAACUCUGGGUCGCCGCACGUAACGUCGCAAGCGGCCAUGCUACCGUCUCUGAAAUAAAAGCCACAGCGCCAACCGUCGAUGUUCGAUUCGUAGAAUGCGAUCUAGCGAGUUUCGCCUCGGUGGCAAGAGCGGCGAGGGAAGUGGUGGAGGGUUGUGGAGGGCGAUUGGAUGUUUUGAUGUUGAAUGCGGGGAUUAUGGGCGGCCACCCGGGCACUACACCCCAAGGCCACGAACUGCAAUUCGGGACGAACCACGUCGGUCAUGCCCUCCUCCUCAAGCUCCUCACCCCAAACCUGCUUUCUACUGUCGAGACCACGAGCUCAACACCCCGCGUCAUAUCCGUCAGCUCGCGGGGCCACGCUCACGCUGCCGCCCUGCCAGACGGCGGCAUCGCAUUCGACACGUUGAAAUCCUCACAAACAAACUUGUCAGGCGUGAACAAAUACACGCAGUCCAAACUAGCCAACGUAGUCUACGCGCGCCAAUACGCAUUGCACUACCCGCAGAUCAUCAGUGUAGCGAUCCACCCUGGUGACGUUUUGACGGAGAUCUUCAAUAAAGGCGCCGAGGGGGGUGAUGAGCAGAUUAAGUAUCUGGCGCGGGAGGUGGCGCCUGAGAGAUGUGGGUCGCUGGAGGACGGGAUCAAGAAUGGGGUUUGGGCGGCCACUGCGGAUGAAGUGUUGAGUGGACGGUACUAUGAACCUGUGGGUGUGUUGGGUAUGGGGAGUGAGUUGUCCAAGGAUACGAAGCUGGGAGAGAAGUUGUGGACCUGGACGCAGCGAGAGAUGGAGGGAUGGGAGCUCUAG